UGUUCAAGAAGAAUUAUGGCCAUCUCACAAAAGAAAUGUACUUUGGAAACUACAAGGAAGCAACUCGUGGUAAUCGUAACUACUUUUUGACUUACGGAAAUGGUAAAUCAGCUGCUCGAGUUCAAGGUCAUCUGUGUUCUAAUGGUGCUCAUAGAUGGCACAACUACAUGAAAAGCCCAAAGGAAAUGGAGGUGAUCAAGUUUGAAGGUUCGCCACAAGUCAAUUUGAUCUCAUUGAAGUGGAAGUGGAUAGUGAAGAGUUUUUGAACUAUUGUAGAAAAUUUGAAUACAUUAUAUUUGAUUUUAUGAAAUAUAUUCAUUGCUAGAAUAUAUUGAACUAUUGUAAGAGUACUUUUUGAACUAUUUUGUACACAUAUUUAGAAUAUUGCUUUAUAA